GCACGGAAAAAAGUAACAUGGCCGGUCACUUUUGAAAACAUUAGGCUAGGUUACAAAAUAUGAUUUAAUGGUGUAAUGGACCGCUUUCAUAUUAGUGUUGGAAUCGUUGUGGUUUCAGCAAGCGCUCUGUUGGCGUUAGCGUUUUGGCGGGCUCUUCGUGAGGACGAUGAAGACGAUGAAGCUUCCCAGUUUGUAAGACUUGCCUCUCCGAAACGGAGUAAAGAUGAUGAUAGACGACUGCAAAUCAAACGGCGACGAGAAUAUCGACUGAGAAGUCCGAAAUCGGAGCAUAAAUGUGAAGAUCUGGGAAGUUUAUUCAAACGGCAAAACACAGUGUAACCUGUCCUGUUUGGAAAAUUCAUCUGUGUAAUGGAUAUAGAAAAGCAUUUGAUUGUUGAGUUGUGUUACUAGGAGAACAAGGAUUUCAAGUUAAUUUGAUUACUUUAUGAACUGUGAUUAAUGAUGACAGGAAUCACAAAUGUAGUCAGGUUCUAGUGACACUGCAUUUCUUAGCGCUGAUAAGUAACUUUCAGAGAGAAAAUUUGUCCUCUUUAUUUACUCUUUUCAUUUAUUGAUCAAUGACAGGAGUGAGAGAUACUUUAGAGGACUCAUUUCUUGAUGCCUAUGACGAUAAAGCUGAAGGUGAUAAUCGGUGCUGUUUGUCGGAAUGGCCCAGAUUGCUUUCGUGCGGGCGCUUGCGACGUAAUGUCACGCAGGCAGAUCUGCACGCUUUACUUGCUGAAGAAGAGAGAGACGAGUCUCUCAAGUUAGGCCUGCAGGACGAUUUGCAACCCGACGACGAUGUCAAAAGUACCGGCUACGAGACAGGUGUUUUUGGACAGUGGAACCAUUUUGCUAGAAAAGACCCUUCACAGUUACUUUCCUUUGAAGAGCUGAGAGAGCGAUCUGGAUUGCCGAAAUCACCCAUGGGUCUGAAAGCCUUUGCAAUGGCAAAAUUUAAGAAAUGGAAGAAAAAGGAGAAGACGGACAAUUCGGAGAUAAAUCGGAAAUCCAGAUUUUCAUCAACUCUCGGUAACAUGUUUGUGUCUCGGCAAUCACGAGUGCCCACUUUUAAUUUAAAGAUUAUGGGACAAGACUGCACGCCAGAAAUUGUAUAUCUGAUCAUCAAUAGACAUUUCUCAAAACGUUCUUCGUCCAUUAAAGAAGAAAGGGCAUCAAGACUGACUUUAAACGACAUACAAAACAUGGAAGAUCUACAAACUGUUGUGAGUGAUAGAUCUAUGUCUUCUACCUAUAGACAUACGCCUACUGUGACCAGCUCCAUCACUUUUAACACAGUAGCAAGUGCUUUCAGCAGCACUACUAGCCCUGUGGUGAGGAAAGACUCACAGCCAAAACUUUCUGGUCUGCCAAGUCUGCUCUCGUCUGUGACUCAAGAACUGGAGAUGGACUGGAAAUCCACGCAAUCUUUGGUCAAGACUUUGUGCACCUACAUGAAAGCAUAUAAAGUCACAUUAAAGGGAAGAAAAGUGGCUGACAAGUGGAUGGUGAUAUUUUACACAUCAAGCGAAAAUUUGGACCCUUUCUCAGAGUUUUGCUGCGUGUUGGCGAGAUCUUUGUUACAACAUUACUGUGUGGCUUAUGAAGAGAGAGAUAUCGCUGUAAAAAAGUUUAACUACUACACUGAACUAAAGGAAAGACUAGGUGGAAAAACUAUAAGUCUACCGUACUUGUUUGCUUCGGGAAUGUCGUUAGGAGGUUGCAAAGUGCUGUAUGCUAUCCACAAGUUGGACGUGAUGGAUUCUAUAUUAGGAAACUACAUGAUGACAAAGGAAAUGUAUAGCAAAUGGAUGCAGCGAGGCUAUGAGAGGAACGUUUUGAGCAUCAAAGUGCCAUUGCAAGACUUCCCAGUCCUGCGCAGAGUGGCCCAAGGCUUAAGUUUGCAUUUAAAACGGGAGGACAUGCGUUUUUUCGCUGACUGCAAAGAUAUGGUGACUAAGGCCAAGCAGCAAUGGAAGGCGCGAGAAAAGAUGAUGUUCACUGAAACUGAUUUACUCCGCUUCGUCUUGCUCAAAUCAAUUGUUCGACUCACUUUCCAAACGAUGGAUGGUAUAAUGCGGAAGUCAAUACUCCCGAACCCAAGGUUCUCAUCAAUUUGGGGUGAUUUUGGACGAGAGUUUCAAAACUCUCCUUAAGCAAUUUAAUAAAUGGUCAUAUCUACGCUCGUCGCUGCUUGUUCCGAGUGAUGUCACCUCAGCCCGUGUCUUAGUGAAGAUCAGAAUAAUAAAGGUGGUUUUGAGAGCAUGCCAGCAAAGAAAUGAGAGUCGAAACCACGAUGUCGCCAAUUUCUGACCAGGCACUGAGGAAGAAGUAGAUUAUUAGAAGAAGAUCUUCAUGGACCCAACAAGAUACAUGUGUACUGUACUUUGGGUACAGUGGUGGCUGUCGUCAUUCCCCCUUGUUCUCAGCUGGAGACUGUCAUUCUGCUGUUUUUCUUCAAAAUGGUUAGUCUUUGCAGAGCUGGCAAGGAUCUUGAAAGGGUUGAAUACGAUAUCGCCAUGAUUUGGGGGGGGGUGACUUUUAUUUUUAGCGCUUCAUAUUUUAUGUGCGUUUUUAGUCGGUUAAUUGUUUUUCCUCUGUAUGUGGGGACAUCUGUGGUGUUGUGAUUAGCCUCUUCAUCAUUACACGCUGCAUGUGCGCUUGAUUGUUUAGGAGGCAGGGUGUUUAUCCAAAUAGAUACUUAUGUCUUUCAUCGACACAAACAGAUUUAUCUAAGGGCUCAAUCAUUCACCAUAUUCAAUCUGAUGGGAACAGGCUUUUGAUGAGAUGAAUACCAAUUAUACUACAAUCAUAAUUUCUGCCUUGAUUCACAAAUGUUUAAUGAGUUUGUGUGUGGUUGAUGUGGUUUGCACCGUCUUUCCUAUCAAACAUCUCUCGCAUUUUCCUCUUCCCCAUCUUUUCUAUGUAUGUUACUCUCUAGUAACACCUCUAAUUUUCAGCACAUGUAAAACCUAUUUGUGUUGCAAGUACCUCAGUACUCUUACUCAAACAAAUGAGUUGAUUCGUGAUAUUUUCCCAAAUAUGUAAUGUCUUCAUUUCUCUUUACUGCUAUUAUCUCAAUUGUCUGUGAUCUGUGUCUGUGAUGUAGUGAUUGGGCUUCUUGCCUGUGCUUGUUAGAAGAUCAUGUCAGUUUGAUUCUUGAAUCGAACAGCUUUUUUCCUUUAAAAAAAAUCCCAUUGUCUACGUCUGUUGUUGGGAUGUUGUGUCAUACUCAUCCGAAGUUGACCUUGACAGAUAGGAUAGGGCAGAAGCAGCCUGCCUCUAAAUAAGAUCUAAUUUGUGUUGAUUGGGCCAUACAACAUUUACUUAAUUUACAUUAAAGAAUUAACAUCCAUACUACACGACUGAUCAGUGGUAGGGCCCUGAUUUUUUUUCUUUCCUGAAAAGUUAAGAGAUGUACAUGUACUUCCAAAAUAAAAUGAGAAAUAAAUGCACUAGGCAGCCAAGCCAUCUAACAAGUGGAUAUAUUUAAUUAAAAGAGAUGUACAGCAAAUCCUUUUUAUCCCCAGCAGCGCGAAGAUUGUAAUGUUUGUCUAAAUCAACCAUUCACUCUCAUAUUUCAUUACUAGAUGUGUAUGCCAUGCGUUUGCCUAUAUAGUGUUGCCAUGUUAUGUGAGUGUUAGUAAUGAGAGAUGGAGCGAGUGUGUGGCUAGUAUGAGUGAGGGAGGGAGUGAGUGUAGAUCUAUUGCUAAUAAUAAGAGUGAGAGAGGGAUUGAGUACGAGGGGGGGGGGGGGUCAUCGAGUGCCUGGCAUGAGCGCGGGAGGAAGAAUAUGAUGCGUUGAUAUGGUGCUUCGUAUAUUAUUUGUGUUACAGAAGCUAGUGAAAGCGCACCACUCUGUGUCAAUUUCUUACAAUGGAUAAUCAAUAAAGUAUAUAUUAAAUAUA